GCUGCGUGCGUGUGUGCGCGCGUGUAGGCUCGCGUACUACCGGCCGUCGGCGAAAAGAGAGCGCGAGAGAGAGCGAGAGAGAGAGAGAGCGAGAAAGGGGGAGGAAACGUGUGUUUACACAGACGGUAAACCGCCUGGGGAAUCGUAGCGGAGAGGAAGUCAGCCGGCUAUGUGUCUGCCUGCUCCAACUUCCUGCUCCGAAAAAGAAAAAGCCAGGAUCCUAUUUCAGUCCAGCACAACUUGUGUUAAGACCACAGCCAGCAUGGAAAAACAAGGGAUCAUACGAGGUUCGUCUUAAAACGCGUUGUGACGAAGGGCGAGACAAAGAGGAGACACCGCAGGUAUGGACAGCGCCAUUACCUUGUGGCAGUUCCUGCUGCAGCUGCUGCUGGACCAGAGUCACAAGCACCUGAUCUGCUGGACGUCCACCGACGGCGAGUUCAAGCUCCUCAAGUCCGAGGAGGUGGCCAAGCUGUGGGGGCUCCGCAAGAACAAGACAAACAUGAACUACGACAAGCUGAGCAGAGCUCUUCGCUACUAUUAUGACAAGAACAUCAUCAAGAAGGUGAUCGGCCAGAAGUUUGUCUAUAAGUUUGUCUCCUUCCCUGAGAUCCUGAAGAUGGACCCACAGGCAGUGGAGAUGGGCCUGGCAGCGGGCCGGGUGCCCCGGAAGGAAGAGGGGCCCCUGGGGCUGGAGGUGGUUGAGCAGGUCGAGGAGGAUGAGGAAGAGGAAGAGGAGGAAGAGGUCAGGAGGAGGACCUUGGCGGCCCUUGGGGUGCAGGCGUGUCGGGGGAGUGACUACCUCCAUGCGGGGCUUUACUCCUCCCUGGGCGUCGGCUCCCUACGUCACCAACCCGAGCUUCUUCGAGCUCUCAGAGAUCACCGGGAGGAGCCACGCUCCGUCAUCCGCUUCGGAGCCAAUGCCAGCGAGAGGACUCCGCCUCCAGCCACCAAGUUCGAAUCCUACGCCUCCUCCAGAUUGUUCAAACUCUCCCCUCCACCACGCUCCCCGCCCUCCCCGCAGACCCAGGCCUACCUGGCCAGGCGAAGUUGGAGCUCCGUGGCUGAGCAGGAGGAGGAGGAGUCAGAGGAGAGGGAGGAGGAGGGAGAGGACUCUGACCAAGGCACCCAGCCCCUCAACCUCUCUUCUGGACACCGGGAACGAGCCCUGCAGCCUCCUGACAAAAGGAGCAGCUUCAGUGGAAAAAGCGGCAGCAGUAGUAAUAGUAGUAGUAGUAGCAGCGGCAGUAGUAAUGGUAGUUGUAAUAGUAGCCAAGGAGAUGGACUCCCACCAAAAAGCAAAAAGCCCAAAGCUCUGGAUAUCUCCGCCCCCUCCCUACUGCUGGCAGGAAGUGACAUCGGCUCCAUUGCCCUCAACAGCCCAGCAUUGCCCUCUGGUUCCCUCACCCCUGCCUUCUUCACCGCGCAGGCUCCUUCUGGUUUGCUGCUGGCGCACAGUCCCCUGUUGUCAGGGAUCCAUUUCUGGAGCAGCCUGAGUCCGGUGGCCCCGCUCAGCCCCGCCCGGCUCCAGGGCCACAGUUCCCUUUUCCAGUUCCCCAGCCUAAUCAACGGACACAUGCCUGUCGGUCUGCCAGGCCUGGAAGGAACGGCCUCCUCCCUGCUCCUGUCCCCUACAUCUCACAAGUCCUGAUCCAGGGUCUGCAAAAAAAACCCAAAACCUUUACCCAUCCCUGCUUCAACAGUCUCAAUGUCAUGAUCAUCACCAUCAGAAGCAGCAGAAAUCUCUAGUUUGUCUUGUUGAAGUUUGCCCGCAGUGGAAGUUGCUGAAACACAGUAUGUGACCUCACGUAUUUUUCCCCUUUUGCACUUAAGUUGCUUCAGAGUCCAGUUGUUGAAAAGCACUUGGUAAAAAGCCAUAAAGCCACGAUGUCUGUGAGGCGUCCAGCUCCUUGUGAUGAAAUACAGGUGGACAGUAGUGAAGUGCAGCUAGCCGCCAAAGGCUAGCCAAGCGCUCAUACCAAGCACACAACUUGGUCAUUUAGAUUUUGUAAAAAAACAAAACACCAACAUCCCUUUCUUCCUUUUUGCAUUAUAACUUUAUAAUGUUCAUCACAAUGUGAAACGGGUCGUUUCUGUUGUGUGGUUUUGUAUGAAUUGUAUGCACUGUGCUUCUCCAAUACUAACGGCUGUGCCUUGUCUUAUUUUACUCUUUUCAAAUCUUUUUUUUGUUUAUUUUUAUGACGACGCGAUUUCAAAUCAAUGUAAAGCUUUUUAUAACUUGUAAUUUUUAACUUGUAAUUUUUUGGGGGGGGGGUUCUGUUUUUUUUUUUAAUACUGGACUUGAUAUGCAAUACAUAUUCUGUACAAUUUUGUAUUGAUGAAGAAUGUAAUUUUCAAUAAAGCAUUGAAUGCUCUAACACA